GCUGAAUCUUGAAGAGACAGUGAGGAAAAACUGUCCAAGACCAUUUUUGGCCAUUUUAAAAAUUCCUCUUUUUCUCUGGAAAGUUGAAGCGGAGUGAUUUUCAACUUUCAAGCUGCUGCUAUUGGCUCUCAAGUCCUGGGCACAACGCUCAUUUUAUUUAUUUCCAUUUAAAGUCGGCAUCGGCACUGGAUUUAGUACCUAUUUCAGUUUUUUAUUAUUAGUUUAUGUAAUAUUUCUUGAGUUGUGGGAGUCACAUUUUCACAACUUUAGGGAGGAUUUUCAUUCGGGUCCACCAAGUAUUUUGUCGUUUUCUUGAACACCCAUCGGGAAUAUAAUGUAUUUUUUACGCGUUGUACUGGGUUUCACUGCAGCUCUGUGCGUAAACGCAGCGCAGAGCACAUGGGAGGAGAGCACGGUGGUACCGGUUCGGCUCGACUCGUACGACACCGAACCGACCCAUACGGCAGAAGCAUGGGAAAAGGAAUCAGAGAGACGCAUCUAUCGUUUGGACGUUUUUGGAAAGCGGAUGAUCUUGAUGCUGGAACCGGACCAGACCUUUUUAGCGCCUGGGUUUGUGUUCCAGAUGGUGGGGAAACCGGAGAGCGAGGAGUUUGACAGAGGCGGAGACGCGCGGUGCUUCUUCUCCGGAACCGUGAACGGAGAAGAACUUUCCGCUGCAGCGAUCAACUUGUGCAAUGGAUUGCGGGGCGGCUUCUACGUCGGCGGUGAAGAGUAUUUCAUUCAACCUACAAACACUAGUGGAGACGCGCAGUCUUCAGAUGGAGACAUCCACAUCAUUCGCCGAAGAAAACAGGGGUACAUGAGUGAAGAGAACGGUUCUAAAUGUGGCGUCAAUGAAGAGGAGGAGAGGGUCUCCGCGAAACCAUAUGCGAGCAAAUCAAAUCCAGAGCCCAUCCCAUCCGACUCUAAAGCACACCACAGAUCUCGUCGCUUUGUGUCCACUCCUCGCUAUUUGGAGAUCAUGAUUGUGGCAGACCAGUCAAUGGCAGAGUUUCAUGGUGCUGGCCUCAAACCCUACCUGCUAACCAUCAUGGCGGUGGCAUCUCGUCUUUAUCGUCACCCUACAAUUCAUAAUUCAAUCACUCUGGCUGUUGUGAAGCUACUGGUUGUUUAUGAGGAAGAACAUGGACCCCAGGUCUCCUCCAAUGCUGCUCUUACCCUUAGGAACUUCUGCCAGUGGCAAAGACAGCACAACCCUUUAAGUGACCGCCACCCAGAGCACUAUGACACAGCAGUACUGUUUACCAGACAGGAUCUUUGUGGAGCUCACUCAUGUGACACUCUGGGAAUGGCAGAUGUGGGCACCGUGUGCGAUCCUGAUCGAAGUUGCUCCAUUAUUGAAGAUGAUGGUCUGCAGGCAGCCUUCACAGUAGCACAUGAGCUUGGUCAUGUGUUCAACAUGCCCCAUGAUGAUGCCAAACAGUGUGCCGGUGUUAAUGGCGACCACUGGAGUUCCCACAUGAUGGCAUCCACCUUGUCAAAUCUGGACCAGCUUCAGCCCUGGUCUCCUUGUAGUGCUCUGAUGGUCACGUCCUUCCUGGACAAUGGCCACGGUCAGUGUCUACUGGACAAGCCCCAGAGACCUCAGCAGUUACCCCAGGCUCUGCCAGGUACUGUGUAUGAUGCUGACAGACAGUGCCGCCUCACAUUUGGAGAGGAGUCGCAGCAAUGCCCUGACCUGAGCACCACCUGCGCUGCCCUUUGGUGCACCGUCACAACUGCAAAUGGCUUGCUGGUCUGCCAAACCAAGAACUUUCCAUGGGCCGAUGGGACACCUUGUGGGUCGGACAGCUACUGUAUGGCAGGCCAGUGUUUGAGCAAGGCUGAAGCAGCCAGGUAUCAGACUCCAGUCAAUGGUGGAUGGGGAACCUGGGGUCCUUGGGGAGAAUGUUCACGUACCUGUGGAGGAGGUGUGCAAUACUCUUUCAGGGACUGUGACAAUCCCCUACCCAAAAAUGGAGGCAAAUAUUGCGAGGGCAAGAGAAUUCAGUACCGCUCCUGCAACACAGAGACCUGCCCUGAUAGUAAUGGUUUGACGUUCCGUGAGGAACAGUGUUUGGCCCACAAUGACAUCUCCUCUCAGAUGUCAUUUGGCUCAGGUGAAGGUGUUGAGUGGGUGCCGAAGUAUGCAGGAGUAUCUCCCAAGGACCGCUGCAAGUUGGUGUGCCGGGCAAAGGGAACUGGCUAUUUCUUCAUUCUGAAGCCAAAGGUGGCUGAUGGAACACCAUGUACCCCAGACUCCACUUCAGUCUGCGUCCAAGGUCAGUGUGUGAAGGCUGGUUGUGACCGUGUCAUUGGCUCCAGCAAACGUUUUGACAUGUGUGGCAUCUGUGGAGGAGAUGGAUCUACUUGCAAGAAAGUAUCUGGGUCAAUGGAACGUGCUAGACCGGGCUAUCAGGAUGUAGUGACAAUUCCAGUUGGUUCCACGCACCUUGAUGUCAAGCAGCGCUCUCUUGGAGGCCGUCGCCAUGACAAUAGCUACCUAGCAGUUCGCCGGCAAGAUGGCACAUACCUACUGAAUGGCGACUACAAACUUACCACUUUAGAGACUGACAUCUCUCUGCGAGGUACACUGCUCCGAUACAGUGGUUCCUCUGCCACCCUGGAGCGCCUGCGAAGCUUUGCUCCUUUACCUGAGCCUCUUACCAUCCAAGUGUUGUCAGUCGGUGACUCUCCUCGACCUAAAGUAAAAUACAGCUACUUUGCCCCACGUCCUGCCUCUGGUCCCAGCGGGUCGAAUCGACCCUCCAUUAACGCUAUCAGAGAAGCAGGAGAUGCUGAAUGGACCCUCCGUGAGUGGGGACCCUGCUCGCAGACCUGCAGUGGUGGUGUCCAGAAGCGAGAUGUCCUCUGCCUUGAUGCUCAUGGCCGUCAAUCAAAAGACUGUCCAGAAGAGCUGCGCCCUGCAUCAUCACAACCCUGUGCUGUGCAGGCUUGCCCAUCCUGGCUGCUGGGCGAGUGGUCCACUUGUUCCAAAACAUGUGGCAGAGGCUUCCGCAAGCGUCCACUGCGCUGCAUAGGACAUGAUGGCCGCACUUUGCCUCACGAGAGCUGCAGUGCAAAAGAUCGACCACGACCUCUUCUGGACUUGUGCAACCAGACUCCCUGUUGAAACUAAAAAACAAGGCUUGAAACCACCUUGGAACAGCUGUGGCAUCUGAUGCUGAAUAACAACCUUUUGGGGAUUCAAAGGGACCCCUAUGACAGAAACUGCAACAAAACUUUAUUUAGUGCUUUAAUUCCCACCCAUCUAACACUGGGUACAGGCCAAAAGGCUGGCACACUGAGUACUUGUCAUGACAGGUGUGAUGGAGGAUGAUAAUACAGACACCUCUGCUGCUUUGGAUGCUAAUGUCAUGCUUGUUGGAUUUUGAAUGUGCAUGGUUGUUUAUGAUGGAUAAUUAGUGGAAGAAUGUAUGAAACAACUAUGCAUUUGUACCGUCUGUCUGAGCUGGACUGGACAGACAGGUUUAAUUUGUCAUAAACAGUUAUACAAUUGGAUAAGAUUAGGGGUAGAACAUAUAGGAACUAUUGUCUUUUUGCCCGGGGUGAAAAGCAGUGCUUGGAACAGAAAAAAAAAUUGUCAGUAGGAUUGUUACCUAAAGCGUCCUCUAGUGGUUCUCCACUGAAAAGUUGUAAACUCUGGCUCAGAGCACAUAUUUAACAUAUGCUAUUUUCUUGCCAAAAUCCAUGCCAUAUCUCACCUCAACUGGACACACAUGCUACUAAUCAAACACCACAGCAGGUAUUAUGCAUACAUUAGCUUUAAGUUUAGCUUCAUAUGUUGAUUUUUCACCAUUUUGCAAAGCCAUACCCGAUCAAGAGGGUGCAUAUUUUUGAGGGUGAGGGAGACCAAAGACCAUGGAUUUUAUACCUGAGGAGAGAGUGUGCUUGUUUGUGUGCAUGUAUGUAUGGGUGUGUUAGUUCUGCUUGAUUUUGUGGAGAUAUGGCGAGAGACUUCUCUUCUACAACUACUUCAUAAGUAGCCAUCCUCUCCUGCCUUCUGAGAAGGUAUCUUUUAAUGAGGAAUUUCUUUUUGUACAAGAAAAUACAAACAUUAUUUAUUUUUGUACAGCCCAUUUAACAUAAUCUUGUUGCUUUUUUAUAAUUAUUGUAUUUCUAUUUGUUAUUAUUAUUAUUGAAAUAACUGAAGGAUGUAGAUUAUAUUAGAGUAUUUAUACAAUAUCUAUGAUUUUAGGUUUAUGAAUAAAGUAUCACGUUGAUUUGUGGACCAAUA